UAAAGCGAGAAAAGGUCUGCAAGGCCAGGGACAUUGAAGUGCAUGAAACCUCCUACGCAGACAUCAUGCAGCGCCUGGUGAGGCGUUACCUCUUUAAGCGCGAGCGGGAGAGAGACUCUGAAGCUGAAAAACCCAAGGAGAGUCUUGUUCUGCGUGCAGAGGACAUACAGGGCGCGGAGAUGGGCAUGUUUGGUGGAAAUGACCCCAACAGGAUAGUGGAGUUUGCAGGUGGGUUCUGGGCUUCCGACUUCGUUUUUCUGACUUCUCAUAGGCUCCAACAGGAGUUUUUGCAUAGACAGCACGUCCAACUCAAUAAUAAGUAG